AGUUACAUUUAAGUGGCAGCUAUAAAUUAAUGAGCAUUAAUAUUUAUUGCACAACAAUUGGCGUUGGCAUCUUCUAAAUUGGCAUUAAAGAUGCGCCAUGCAGCCGCCUUGUUGUUGUUGCUCUGCCUCUGCGGGCUGCAAAUACACGCACACAGCCGCAGCGGCAACAGCGAUGAGAAAUUUCAUGAGGAGAUUGUCGUCCGACCGCUUGCCGGCGAUCAUGUCAACACAUAUUUUCAAUUCACCACCCGUUGGCAUUACGGUGCUCGCGAUAAUUUAUUUCACACACAGCUGACGCCGCGCGUCAUUGCCGAAAUAUUGCAAACUUAUGAUGUCAAGGAGCUGCACAUUAGUCUCACCCAAGGUCUUUGGCGUUAUGAAUCCUGGGGGUAUCCCAUUGUAGAGGCCACGGGUGGCGCCGAGGUCUGGGCCUGGUUUAGUGGUGCAAAUUUGACCAGUUCGUCGGUGAAUUCGCAAUGGAAUAAAUUGGCAAAUGUUUUCUCAGGCGUGCUCUGCGCGUCAUUAAAUUUCGUGGACAACACCAAUAGCAUUGCGCCCAAACACACAUUCCGUCCACAGUUUAUGGAUGCUAGUAGUCGGACUAGACAUGUCCGUUACGCCUCCUUGCCCCGGGAAAUUGUCUGCACCGAGAAUUUGACACCCUGGAAGAAAUUAUUACCAUGUGGCAGUGCAUCGGGAUUUGCCUCUUUGCUUAACUCGGGUCAUGUGCACAACACCAAAUACCAUUCGUUGAGUCUGAAAGUGCGGACUCUAUGCGCCCAGCCCGACAACUGCGUUGUGGAGCUGACCCAAACAGCUAACCUCGUCUAUGAUUUGAAAUUGCUGGAGCAGAGCAGCAGCCGUGACUUCUCGCUGCGUCGCCUAUUCGGCAUGGGUCUCAAUGGCUUCUGCGAGCUCGCCGACAGCAGCAAGAUCUACGUGCAGCGCAACGAGCAAGGCCAGCGUUAUCAGUUGGUGCCGUCGCCGCUCGAAGAGGUUUCCAGUACUAGGGGCGGCUUCGGCAGCGUCUAUGCCGUCUACGAUAUGCAGAAAUUGUCGGAGCUGGGUGAUCGUCUUUUUAACAUUGCCUGGCUGGCACCCAAAGGGGAACGCCGGCAACCAAGUACCUCUGCUCCACCGCUCUAUGCCCAUCGCUAUCUGUUGGGCGCUGGACAGGAACGUGGCCGCAUUGUCACUGAAGUUACCAACACCCAUUGGGAGCCGUUGCCAGUACUGCUUAUGGAGCUGGUGCCGUGGUAUGUGCAUACCUAUUUGCACACCCUACGCAUACGCAGCAAGACGAACGGACACGGACAUAGACGGGAGCAGGUGCUGCCAUUCAAGCUGCUCCACUAUGCGCCCGGGAAGCAACGCGAGCUGCCCACCCACCUGGAAAUUGGUUUUCAGCUGCCACCACAGAGCACAGCGUCGAUUUCAAUCGAAGUGGAUUACUUGCUGCUCAAGUGGCUUGAAUACCCGCCAGAUGCGAAUCACGGGCAUUAUAUUGGAGCUGCUGUCAUCAGCAGCCAACUGCCCAUGGGUCGCAACUAUACGGCCCUGCCGGUGGAGGGGCAUCUCUUUAAGCAUUCCUUCAAUGCCACCCGUCCCGGCUACGUCCUCACUCUGCGUACCGAGGCUCUGAUUGUGGGACUGCCCACGCCCGACUUCAGUAUGCCCUACAAUGUCAUCUGCUUGGCCUGCACCGUCGUCGCCUUGGCCUUCGGACCCAUUCAUAGUGUGGCCACCAAGCUGAUCAUUGUUGAGCGCAACACGACCAUACCAAGGAAUUUUCUGCGCAAGAUUUGGCACAAAAUUAAGAGACGUGCUGGUUCCAAGAACGAACCAACGGAGCAGGAGGAGCCUGAGAGGGAGCACCAGCGAGUGGCCGAUCUUAAUGAGAGGAAUGACGAUGAUGAUCGGACGGCGACAGAUUAUGACGACGCGUGUGUCCAGCGAGCUAGCAUGUGAUAGCAACAACAAUAACACUAACACCAACAACUCCAGUCAGUCAAAGUCACCGCAACAAGUUCCAAAGCUUCCCUCCCCUAAUCGUCAACAUCAUUAUCAUCAAUGGCCAUUUAAUAAGAUAAAGAUAUCACUAAUGUAAAGUUUUUAUGUUAAUUCCUUGAAUGUGAUUCAAAAUAAUAAGCGAGAAUUGUCAUUCAAAUUAAACGCUUUAAUGAAUGAAUUUGGCGUUACCAGAAAGAAUCCUGGGGUUCCUUCUCUGCUUAAAUUACAGCGA